AUGACUACCCCCAUUCCUACGUCUAGUUCGUGCUACACGCUACAAUUGCCGCCAAUUGAAAAAGAUGAUCGGCUCAACUUGAAUGUGCGGACAGGUGCCGCCGCCACGCUCCACAACUCGUUUGUCUUCACCUAUGGAGGUCUCACGUUGGGGCUCGAGCUUGAUCAUCAGCUUACCAUAGAUAAUAUUGAGUCCGUGUUUGCUCUGAAGGUCACCGGCAACAAGCUGCGACGGCUCCUGAGAUAUCUUUCGGGCGAGUUAUUCAGUCUCGAUUUGAUCUCGCGCUGCUGGCACCGUGUAGAUCUCGCCCCUGACUCUCCCAAACCCAAGCCGCGGAUGUUCCACGAAAUCGCCACCGGAAGAGACUGCCUCUAUGUAUUUGGAGGAUUGGUCAUUUCUGAGGAGCCUGGUGAAUCGAAUUUGGUGCCUUGUAAUGACUUAUGGGAGUUCAACCUUCUCUCGAAGUCCUGGACCCUUCUUCACGAUGGCCGUGGCUGGGAGACAAGCAAAGAAGUCCCUUCCCCUCGCUUCUCUUUAAAAUUAACUCUGAUUAAGAACUUGGUUUACGCACAGAAAAAAGACCACCAUGGACUAAUUAUCGCCGGUGGAAAAAACUCCCAAUCAGAACCAAUCUACACUAAUUACACAUUUGAUAUGGUCGACAAGAAAUACGUGGGCGCAGGCGCCCCUCUCUUAUUCUCCACUUUGUCGAGAACUCCAAGACGCAAUAGCUCCAAAUCCGACCCUGCUUCUUAUUUCAAGAGCUCCGAGACAGGAAAGACUCUCAACGUCAAUUAUCAUGAUAGUGUAAUCGUAUCCUUCGUCGAUGAGGAUGACUCAAGAAGACGUUCUCUGGACUUGCUGGCAGGAAACCCUCCACUGUCCGAUAGCCAAACCAACAAUGAAUCUAUUAUCAUCUAUGCCCCUAUAAAAGAAAGCGCUGACGAUCCACUCUGCAACCCGCUUCUAUCAUACCGAGUCGGCAAAAAGAUUGGUCUGCCUCGACCAUUGCCUUUACACAAGAAGGACAGACGAGACAAGCGUUCUCCUCCUGCAGAAUUUCUUGCCAGAACAAUUCCACGAAACCUCAGAUAUCCCACGGGCGGUAUUUUCGGGCAAAAUAUCGUGAUUGUUGGAUUUCUACCCAACGAAUUAGACGUGUCCAUUUUCAUUUACAACAAGCCCACCGGCAAAUGGUCUCGACUCAAUAUUUUUUGUGCCCACGAGUAUGGUUCGCACAGAUUCUGGGGUGGUUUCGUAUGGUCAUCGCAUCACAAAGUUGUUUUGUUAGGAAACUAUGUUACGUCCAGAACAACAAGUAGCAUGCGCUAUUUUUCUUCAAUGGUCACUGUCAGCUUGCCUGUGAUGAAUAUUCUCACCUCUUUAGAGUUGGCUGGUGGUCAUCUCCCUAGCCUGAAAGUUGGUCAUCAUCAUUUGAAUGAUGACUUCACAACUGGAAAUGAGAUUUACCACGCUCGUAGUGAUUCAGGAAAAGUUCUGACGCAAGAGAGUGAGAUGCUGACAUCAUGCGAAGACCUUUCUUCGCUGUCUCCGCUGGACGCCAGUGAGGUCGAUGAAGCACCCCUUCCAAGCGCAAGUAGAAAAAUGUCAACCUUUUCUGCGAAAAGUGAGGGAAAGAGAAUCCACAACAAGGCCACAUUCACUGAGUACGUUCACUAUGCCGCACCCAAAGUAAAAUUCACCAAUGUGCGCUCUGUUUUUCCUCCAGCUGCUAUCACAUUGGGUCGAAACGCGUUUGAUCGUUACGGCGAUUGUAUCUCAGACUUUGAAUUGAUAUCCUCAUCCGGUGAUCGUAUCCCAGUGUGUUUACCAAUUUUGAUGGAGCGUUGGGGCAAAUACUUUGUCGAUCUCUUAUCAGGAGCUUACGUUAAAGCCAUAGAUCAAUUUGAGCGCGACCAAAUUCAAACAUUUGCUUCACAGUCUUUCAGACUAUCAAAAGGAAGCGAUGUCAGUGAAGAAAUGACUGGCAGUUGUAGUUCCGUUAGUGAUAGUUCUCGCGAGAGUGAAGCUGAUCGCGUUCGCGAAAAGUACCAGCUACUGAUGAAUGCACCUAAAACCCACCAGAAAGGCGCUCCUCAGUUCAGACUUCCUUUCCAAGAUAAAAGCCCUUCAACUGAGAGCUUGAAGGAAUAUGUUUCUGUUGACCCUCACAAUUCUAGUCCACUGCGUAGAAGUUCCAUCGGUCUGAAUAUUUCAGGCUCUCUGGUUCUCUACUCACAUUUGAAACACAUACCAGCUCAACUUCCUUUACCCACAGAACCAAUUCCAGAUGUUCCUGCAACUCCCAUUUCAUACAGAUCUAGUUCAAGGAAUAACUCCAUGGACCCUCUCUCGCCCCGAGCUUCUUUGCUUCAUACCUUGAGCGUACUCCGUAAUAUUCCGAAGUCACCCAAGGGCUCGCCAAUCCUGUCUCCCAGAGGUUCCAUAUCUAUGCAUGGUGACCUGAUUAUGAGACACAAGCAGCACUGGCUGAAGCAACGCGAGCCAGUUGAGCAAUCUGGAAUUGCAACACCUCAGAGUCGCAAAAGCUCGGACAGUGGAAUCUCGCCUAUUCCGCGUCUCGCAGCUGCGGAAAUAGAGAAGGAAGUUGCAAAUUUGACUCUUGAGCCAAAAAAGCUGGCCAAACGUGAGAACCUGGAAGGAAAGGAUGAUCAAUCCGAGCAAGGGAAUGCAUUAUUGGACUUCGACACAUUGGAUCCUGACAAUUUCAAACUUGAGCCGUCAUUAAUUCCUCGAAAAUUGUACAUCCCAUUCGGAACGACAUCAAUCAAGGCCUUUGCAGAAUUUUUUUAUACGGGUCAAGUUGGAAACAAAUGGACUCUCCGCCCAUGCGCACUUGAUUGUUUGCUCAUGGCCAGAUACUUUAAAGUUCCUCUCUUGUACGACUUGAUUUGUGAAGUGCUCUAUGGUAUCAUUGGUCGCAAAGAGGCCCUUGUUAUAAAGGAGGGACACAAGUACAAGAAAAAAUUUCAAGCAAUGUUCGAGAAAAUUGACACCCCUAUUACCUCCAAUUUCAAGUUCCCAUUGGAUGAAUUUGAAGGCUUUUUGGACACUAUUGAUGAUGGGUUUUUGGAUUUGGCUCUAUUGAGAAAGCUGUCAAAUGUGCACAAACUCUCCCACUCAAGCGCAGGCAGUAAAAAACACUCACCUUCACUUGGGCGCAGCUUUGAUGUUAACAUGUCUUCACUUGAAGAACUGCCACCAGAACCAAACACUUCACCAACAAAGUCUAAAGCCAGUACUUUCAAUUCUGACCUGAGUUCUGAAAGCACAUACGGCGAAACGGAUGAAGAACCUUUGGUAGCGCUUCAUUUCCUCGAUCAAGAAGAACGUAACGCAAUCUAUGGACGUUCUAAGUCUAUCUUCGAGAAAUCAGCGCUUGACUCGACCAGGAGAUCACAAACCAUCGAAGAAGACAUUGAUCAGGCAAAAGAACAUGCCCUUUCAAGUACCUUGGAGAGCUUGGUAUCACCCGACGCACCAGAGCCAAGUACUUAUGUCAUCGACUUGAUUUACGAGACUGCCUCUAUGUGCACCGACGUGAAGUUGAUGCUUCGGUCUAUGAAUGCACGUCAAAUGGGUAUAGCACUUGAGCAAACUAGACGUGAUUACGAAACUUUUGUCGAAGCUAUGAACGGAAGCCAAAAUCAAAAUGACGGUUCUUUUGAUGACGUCAACUUUAAGAACGUCUUAACCUCUGAACUUGAUCGUUUGCAAGAGAGACGCGCUGCGGCUAGCCCCAACAAGAAAGCACAUGCUCUUCAAAGUACAGGCUCCUCGGGGAUAUGGCUGAGUAUAUCACCCACUGCCCUGACUGUUGCCAAAGAAGACAAACUAGCUUCGAGCCGCUCUUCUGUUGUAAGUGCGAAAAGCAGGGGAGCACUGGACUCGGCAGCAAAGCAGGAGAAGCCAUUUUCCAUGAUGCGCCUGAAGUCAGAGUUCAAAAUGAGCGGCAAUCCUCCAGCCCUUGCCAGAGAGGAAACAAUGAGACGUUCUCAUACAGAACGAAAUGAUUUACCAGGUGAAGCGAUGUCAAGAGACAAUAGAAGGUCGAGUAUGGGAGAUGAUGACGAUGAUGACGAUGACGAUUUGCAACUGAUACAGACCACCAAUUCCCGAACCAGCAGCCGAAGCAGACUAUUUGGAAAGCUUCGUGGAUUGACGCGUGACAAAGAUCCUAAGAUGCCGUCAACUGAUCUCAAGCGGGCGCAAUCAAGUGCAAGUGUUUUCACGAUGCCUUCCAACAAGAGUGCAAGCACGAGCGCUUCCAGCGGCAAGAGAGGAUUUUUCGGUUUACGGAAAAAGUAA